AUGUUCCAUCAUCGUUUUUGUUUCCUCGUUCUUUUCUUUUUAGCAUCAGUCGGAGGCUCCGAGACUCCUGACCCGGAGAACUUAUCGGUGACCGAUCUGGAUGCUGCCAGUGGGGUUGAACAAGCCAGGACAGGCAAGAAUGAUGGCGUAGAGGCAGGACAAGAGCAGCCGAAACCGGUUGUGUUGCUUCGGACAACGCUUCUAGUCAAUACCGCCACCGCACCGUCAUCAUCGAAAAAACCCACCGAAGAAGAGCAACGAGAUGCCAACGACCAAACUACCACAACACCAACCCACUCGGCACAAACCCUUUCAGGUGCUUGUUUGGAAGGCGAAACUGAAGUGGAUCAAGAGUUCUGCUCCGAAAACACUGAUGCGCCAGCCGAAAACGCCGCCCAAUCGACGCAGUUUCUGCGCCUCGACAUUUUUGAAGAAAUUCUCUCGGGCAAGCUGUUUCCACCCGCCAAGUGGAUUCUGCCUCUCUUUGCUCUUCGAUUUGAUCUCUUGCCUACUGAAUUCCGCACGUUGAACAACAUCCACGCGGCUCCUCCCUCGAGGACAUCUUCUCAGAUGUUGGCAGUUUCGUAUUUAAGUCAGCUUUCAAAAAGCUCGUCUAAGGAGUUUCUCGAGGCCCUGCAUCUCGAGCUCUUCUUUGGAAAGUCCUCUCCUGACCAAUCUCCCUUAUCUCAAAUCACUGGCGCUGACUUGGCGCUACACCUGAUGCGGCAUACUGACCCACAGGUACGUGGAAAUGCCUGCAUCCUGGCUGGAAAUUUGUUGCUGGCUGCCUCAUUGCAAUGCCUUGCUUAUGAGGGUACCGGUGAAGAGGCGGCGACCUUAGGGGAAAAAGAAAUUGACCAGCUUGACGCUUUGUUGGGCUGCAUUACAGACUUGUUGGAAAGGGAGGCAGAGGAAGAGCCCGUGUAG